CCACAGAAGGGGCACGCUUCAAGUCGACAGAACGAAGAGAGGGUGCUGAUCAGUGAGGUGCUUGUUAGAAACAAGGAUGGAGAGGAGCUCGAGAGAAAGGUUGAGAUGGAGGCACUUCAGGCCCUCAAAGCUUGCCGACCCAACUCUGCUCUUACUGUGCGCGAGGUCCAAGAGGAUGUGCAUCGCAUCAUUAAUAGUGGGUAUUUCUGCUCGUGCAUGCCAGUUGCGGUUGAUACCCGUGAUGGCAUCAGAUUGGUAUUUCAGGUAGAAGCAAAUCAAGAGUUCCAAGGUUUGGUAUGUGAAGGAGCUAAUGUUCUUCCAGCAAAGUUUCUAGAGGAUUCAUUUCGGGAUGGAUAUGGGAAAGUUAUCAAUCUAAGGCGACUGGAUGGCAUAUCAUCCAUCAAUGGCUGGUAUAUGGAGCGUGGUCUUUUUGCUAUGGUUUCAGCUGUUGAGACUCUCUCAGGGGGUAUUCUGAGAUUGCAAGUUUCAGAAGCUGAGGUCAAUAACAUCUCUAUACGGUUUCUAGAUAGGAAGACAGGUGAGCCUACUUUAGGGAAGACAAAGCCAGAAACAAUACUCAGGCAAAUUACAACCAAGAAGGGGCAGGUCUACAGUAUGAUUCAGGGAAAAAGAGAUGUAGACACUGUGUUAACUAUGGGAAUCAUGGAAGAUGUUAGCAUUAUUCCUCAGCCAGCAGAUACAGGGAAGGUUGAUUUGGUGAUGAAUGUGGUGGAGCGUCCUAGUGGAGGAUCAGCAGGUGGUGGAAUAUCGAGUGGGAUUACCAGUGGUCCUCUGUCUGGACUUAUUGGAAGCUUUGCCUAUUCUCAUAGGAAUGUUUUUGGACGCAACCAGAAACUCAAUAUAUCCUUGGAGAGGGGUCAGAUUGACUCAAUAUUUCGGAUAAACUUCACAGACCCUUGGAUUCAAGGAGAUGACAAACGAACAUCUAGGACAAUAAUGAUUCAGAACUCAAGAACCCCUGGAACAGUUGUUCAUGGUAACCAGCCUGAUAAUAGUAGCCUGACCAUUGGUCGUGUCACAGCUGGUAUAGAGUUCAGUCGACCUGUCAGGCCAAAGUGGAGUGGAACUGCAGGGCUUAUUUUUCAGCAUGCCGGGGUUCGUGACGACAAAGGGACUCCUAUCAUCAAGGAUGGUUACAGUAGUCCUCUCACUGCAGGUGGAAAUACCCAUGAUGACAUGUUGCUUGCUAAAUUUGAGACUGUUUACACUGGUUCUGGCGAUCAUGGGUCUUCUAUGCUUGUCUUCAAUAUGGAACAGGGACUUCCUCUUUUGCCUGAGUGGUUGUCCUUCAAUAGGACGAAUGUGCGUGCUAGGACGAGCAUUGAGAUAGGUCCUACUCGCUUUCUUUUAAGCCUCUCUGGUGGUCAUGUGGUGGGAAAUUUCUCUCCCUUUGAAGCAUUCCCUAUUGGCGGAACAAAUAGUGUGAGAGGCUACGAAGAAGGUGCUGUGGGCUCUGGUCGAUCAUAUAUUGUUGGCUCUGGAGAAGUUUCUUUCCCGAUGUUGAGGCCAGUAGAAGGAGUUUUAUUUUCCGACUAUGGAACAGAUCUUGGAUCAGGCUCAACUGUUCCUGGUGACCCUGCUGGAGCAAGGCUGAAACCUGGGAGCGGAUGCGGAUAUGGGUUUGGGAUCCGUGUGGAUUCUCCAUUGGGUCCUUUGCGUCUUGAGUAUGCCUUUAAUGGUAAUCGUGAAAGGAGAUUUCACUUCGGAGUCGGUCAUAGAAACUAAACGUUUAGCCUGCCGCCCGGAGCCCACUUUGUUCUUCCCCGUGUCCUCACGAAAGCUUGCUUUGUCAUCCUUGUGAAAUAGCGUAUGGCCUUUUUGUUUUCCCAAUAUUAAUUAGCUGUCCUGAUGGCUUCUUUUAACGGUUAGAUUGCUAAUGCCUCGCAUGAAAUGGCUUGCUUCCAUUUUGAUUCCAAGGAGGGAGGUUGGUUCACUGUUGGGGACACAGCGCCUUGGUGAGCAUGCCAAGGCUGGGGCAUGUCUCUUCCCAGUUUAGAAUAGGGACUCUUUGACUUCUUCCCCUCGUCCUCUGCUGUACAUAUGCUGUUGGAAUUUUGGAGACAAUAUCGUAUAUUCAAUAUUCUUGUAAUCCAUAUUUUCAACAUUCACAUGUCAUUGGUGGUUUUGAACUGCUGUGCCAUUGACAAAGAUCUCGUGUGUCAAGUUCUGACUUGCACGUAUUCUCCCA